GAUAAAAUAGGUUUUCAUUAUAAAAGGGAAAAAGAAAAAGUUCCCCAAAGAGGCAAAGAGGAACAGACACACCAACAUUUAGGCAUUAACAGGCGACUGGGAAGUUCGUUGAAGACGACGACCGGCGUUUGAUUUCAGAAUUCACUCAAAUUUCGAGGUGAUACAUGGCUUCUACUUUCCGUGCAUUUUUGAACAGUCCUGUGGGCCCUAAAACAACUCAUUUUUGGGGCCCUGUUGCCAACUGGGGAUUUGUUGCCGCUGGGCUUGUGGACAUGAAUAAACCUCCUGAAAUGAUAUCUGGCAACAUGACUGGAGCGAUGUGUGUUUAUUCAGCAUUAUUCAUGAGGUUCGCAUGGAUGGUUCAGCCUCGUAAUUACCUACUUCUAGCAUGCCAUGCUUCUAAUGAGACUGUUCAAUUAUACCAACUUUCUCGUGUGGCAAGGGCUAACGGGUAUUUGUCCCAAAAGAAAGAAGAAGAUACACCAUCACAGUGAUUUAUGGGAUUUGCUGAUAUUCUGUUGACAAUGAUACAUUGGUUGCAUUUUGUGUGAGCUAUUGAAUUGUCACUUGUACGCGCAACCAUACAGCCAGAUUUAUUUAGAUUGCUCAAAGUUCACCUGAAUUUAUGUGGUGUUACUGUUCUUCUGUUUUACAUGAUCACUAAUUUUCAGUUAAACAUAUUCAUACUGCUGACUCUCGAUGAGUGUAGCAUUUCAAA